AUGAGGCAGACUAUCGCUUUGCUGAAAAGCACUCGAAACGGUUUAGAUUUCUUGGAACAUGGAGCGGACUUCGAAGCUGCUAUUUCGGCGACUGGCUUUGGUCGAUUCCACUUCUGUCUCCUCGCCAUCACCGGACUGAUCUAUGCAGACACUGCCAUUGGUAUCACGAUUGUGUCUUUCGUGUUGCCGGCAGCGACGUGUGACUUUAAAAUGACAUCUGCUGAUAAGGGGUGGCUGACCGCUGCCCCUAUGUUGGGUAUGGUCAUCGGUUCCUACUUCUGGGGAUGUCUGGCUGAUACCAAAGGUCGUAAGGUUGUGCUGGUCUCCACACUGCUGUUGGAUGGCUUUGUCGGCAUCUUAUCGUCAAUGGUCCAGAUGCUACCCAUCUUCAUGGCUUGUAGAUUCAUUAACGGUUUCGCCGUCGCUGGCGCCAUGGGAAUCUGUUUUCCAUACCUCGGCGAGUUCCAAGCUACAAAAUACCGUGAGAAAAUCCUGUGCUGGAUGGAAAUGUUUUGGACUCUUGGUGUCAUCUUGCUACCACUUUUCGCCUGGGCUAUCAUCCCAAUACAAGGAAUCAGGAUGGAAGCCAGUGGCUUCUCGUACGAUUCAUGGAACUGGUUUGUGGCUGCUUGCGCCGUGCCGUCCCUCCUCCUUGGGUUUUGGCUAAUGACCUUCCCCGAAAGUCCCAAGUUUAUGAUGGAGUGCGGUGACUAUGAUGACGCUCUUGCAUGCCUGAAGACCGUGUACAAACAGAACACUGGUGAUGACCCCGACAACUAUCCGAUCAAAAGCCUCAAGGAGAAACAACGCACGAUAUCAGUAGCAUCACAGAGCUCGCAGAAGUCCGUGCGGUCGCUCAGUAUGCGCAAGCCUAAGGAUCUUAAACGAUUGUUCAGUGAAAUCUGGACUCAGACCAAGGCCCUAUGCAGACCUCCCUACCUCAAAUACACGAUACUCACUUGUCUCAUUCAGUUUGGCUUAACGACUAGCUACUACACCCUAAUGAUCUGGUUCCCUGAGUUGUUCAAUCGUUACGAAGAAUUCGAGCAUCGUUUCCCCAACACCUCUGCGUCUGUGUGUCAAGUUGCUGGAGUUGUCGUCAACGACGAUUCCACCGAUCCCUUCGACUGUGAGAAGAUCAUCGAUCAGAACGUGUACAUGCACACAUUGAUCGUCGGUCUGGCCUGCAUUCCCACGUCUUUAUGGCUUCCACUCUGCGUACACAAGCUUGGCGCCAAGUUCUUCUUGAUCUUCUCGCUGAGUUGCGCUGGUGCCGUCACAGUUGGUCUCCUCUUCAUCGAGAACUCAACUCAAAACUUGGUGCUGUCCUGUAUCUUUGAAGCCCUCACCUCGCUCGCUAUCAGUCUUGUGUUCUGUGUGCUGGUAGAUCUAUUCCCUACAAACCUCAGGGUAAUGGCAGCAGCUUUAUCACUGACUGCGGGACGAGGUGGAGGUCUCAUGGGUAACUUAUCGUUCGGAUACUUAAUCGACAUCAAUUGUGUUGUGCCUAUAGUGGCGUUUGCGGCUUUCUUAUUCAUCGCCGCAGCCCUAUGCUUCCUCUUGCCAAAGACGGGACAGGAGGCCCUCGACUAG